CUAUGUAGCAGGUAGCAGUAGUCACGCUUUUUACCCUACCUCGUGAGUGCAAUGAAGAUACGGGAACGGUGAGACUAACAGAAGAAGGACAGCGAUUCAACCGAUGACCAUGCAUGAUUGUGAUGCCAACCACGGAGGCCACGACCCCCUGGCGAAAUCGAUGAGCACUUUCCUGCAUUUAGAUUCCACAAGCACCACGAGCAGCGACCUAAAGGAGGCGUUGUCGGAGAUCCUGGAACGCUUCCAGACCGACCAGCGCUACCGCAACGACGAGCGAUACCUUAAGCUCUGGAUGCGCUACGCCGACCUAUCCGACGAUGCCGAUAAAGUGUUUCUACUGCUGAAGUCGGAGGGUAUCGGCACGCAAUUAUCCUUGUUUUGGGCAGCUUGGGCGUACGUUCUCGAGAUGGCUGAAGCAUACGAGAGGGUGGCCCUGAUAAUAGCAGAGGGCCGUGCUUGGGGUGCCCAACCUGUGUCUCUUUUUGAAGAAUUUCUACGCUCCUUUCACGAAAGGAUGCUGGAGAGGAUGCGAAUGGUGGGUCUAGAUUCGCGGAUAAGUGAAGUCAAGGAGGAGAUCGACCUCGCCUCUACUCGCAGCAGUGAACAAGCCAUGCUGCGCGCGAAGCAGUCCCAAACCGCGGCUCAUGCGCAACGCGAGCACGCACCAGACCAGCCAAACAUCAGCGAGCGCGAGCCAAUCGAAGGGAUCGAAAAUUUUUGCACUGGUGGUGGAGGUGCUUGUGGCUCAAGAUGCAGGCCUGUAGAUGCCCCCCUCGGAGCUAGAGAUGUCAAUUCCCACGAUGGAGCCGCGCUGAGGCGUCAGGAGUGCUCUACGAGGAACAGGCCAGACAGGCUGCCACGGCCUCGCGUGGAAACCGACAAGAAGGCCACCAUCGCAACUGCGAUUGCCACACUAAUUUGUAAUCCGUUCUCUCCGGACAUGCGAAGACGCCUCACAACCAACACCGCGCAGUACCUUUGCUGGGCCAGCUCUUCCAGCAUAGUGUAUGAUACUAGGCUCGACAGCUUGGCAAGAGUAUGUCCACGCCGGAUGGCCAAGGUGAAUGUUGGCUCACGUCGACCGGUCGCAUUGGCAAGGUCGCUCGGAAACCAAAGGAUCAAUGUGCUGGGAGUACUUGGAGAGGGAGCUUUCGCCGUGGUAUUUUCUUGCAAGUUCAACAAGGACCAACGCGACGUGGCAGUAAAAGUGGAGUAUAAAGAAGAUGCACCAUCACUUCCGUGGGAGUGCUUCAUCACACUCCAACUGAGCGAGCGACUGUUGCAUCGUCGCCAGAGGAAGGUCCACAGCGUUACCGAGGCGCCAAUAACGGUGGUUAAACCCGAAGCUCUUUUCUUGUACCGCGAUGGAUGCGCGAUGGCCAUGCCUGUGGGUCUGGCUGGCACGCUUCACGAUCUUGUCGCACAAUACUCGAAAAGAGCACAGGCCGUGCCGCAGCUCGUUGCAAUGCACUAUGCAGUAGAGAUGCUGCGCUUUUGUCGAGCAAUGCACUCGGCAUCAAUCCUGCACAUGGACAUCAAACCGGACAACUGGCUGCUGGUACGUCGCCCCCGCAGUGAAGUGGACCGCACGGAGGAGAUGGAACAUGCUGGGGGCAUAGACCAUUCCGUGUCUUUGAUCGAUUUUGGAAGAGCGAUCGAUCUCUCGGUUUUUCCCCAGAAUGGAUCGGAUAUGGCAUUCAUGGGGCAGUGCUGCGCUCCGAGCUUUUCAUGCCCGGCGAUGAGGGAGGGCCUGGCUUGGAAGCAUGAUGCCGAUCUCUACGCUCUAGGCAGCUGCAUGUACUUCAUGCUGCACGGUGUGUAUCUCGAAGUGUCUCGCGAACGAGAAGACGACUCCACCCUAAACAGAUCGGGGCGAUGGCGACCAGUCAAGAACUGCAAACGAUAUUGGGAGGUGGAUCUCUGGGAUAAAAUUUUCAGCGAGCUCCUGAACUCUGACUACCGGGCAGCGGAUACGGCCGGCAACAACGAGGCUCUCCUUCGCCUUGAAGAGUCGCUCACCUCGUACCUGAACGUCGAUCAUCGGUCACGCGACCUGAAGGACUGUCUCAGGAGGCAGGACAACAUGUUUUCCAACCGAUAGUAAAUCCCACUGUAUUCGGAACGGUAUGGAGCGAGAAGAACACGGCGUUGUUACUGGCACCCACAUAUUGAUGAGUUUUUUGGGCUGCCGCACCGUCGAAGGGAAAGCUGCGCUUGUGAAAGGCAUCGCCGUCUCGCGCAUAGGUGGUUCAUUCAAUGAAUGGCGUUAUGGGUCUUUCCACCUCUGAAUGUUCAAUGGUGUGAGGCGACGGCAACUGUUUGUGUGUGGACAUUUAAUGGAACACGCUGCCGCAUGACGGGCGUAGCUUCAAACUGAGAACGUU